AUGGGCGAGUGCGUGGCGCGGGAGAAGCUGAGCACUGAAAGGGGAAGCGGGAGGAUGGGGAGGCGGGGGGGUGGGGAGGCGUGGCGAUGGGGAGGCGUGGCGAUGGGUAGGCGGGGGAAGAUUGCGCGGGGCGAGUGCGCGAGGCGGGAGGAGCUGAGCAUUGAGAUUGACGGUAUGGGGGAAAUGCGGUGGAACGUGGAGGCAGGGGGGGCGUGUGACGAGGAGGAUGGGGAGGCGGGGGAGUGUAGGGGGAUGGGGAGGCGGGCGGAUGUAGGGGGAUGGGGAGGCGGGCGGAU